AUGUUCAUCCAACACGUGGCAGCACUGUCGAAGCGCCGGAUCGUUCUCGCGUCGGCGUCCCCUAGGAGACGCGAAUUGCUGUCGGGCCUGGGACUAACUGUUGACGUUAUCCCGAGCACCUUUAACGAGGACCUCAAUAAAGCAGCAUUCGCCAGCGCAGGAGACUACGCAGCAGAGACAGCCACGCACAAGGCCAUAGAAGUUUCCUCCAAGGCCCUGCGUGCUGCUCAGGCGAGUGGGGAGGCGCCACCAACGCUCGUCAUUGCUGCUGACACUGUGGUGGAGAUUGAUGGCGAGCUUCUAGAGAAGCCAGCUUCCAAGGAGGAUGCAAUUCGCAUGCUUUCACUCCUCUCAGGCCGCAAGCACCGGGUUUUCACGGGAGUGGCUCUUGUGCUGCCAGCUGUCACCGACCCUCUGAUUGGCCGAUCGCCUCUUCUCCGCUCUUUUCACGAGUGCACUCAGGUGGAGUUUGCAGCCUUGUCCAGAACAGAGAUCGAGGCGUAUGUGGGGACAGGAGAGCCCAUGGACAAGGCCGGGGGUUACGGCAUUCAAGGGCUGGGGGGGUGCCUGGUGAAGGCGAUCAACGGGUGCUACUUCAACGUUAUGGGACUGCCUCUCAACAGGCUCGCAUCAGAAAUCGACCAACUUAUUACUUCAAAUCUCAUCAAUUUAGACGUAUGA